UUUUUUUUUUAUUUCUUUUAAAACGAUACGUAUCAAAUGAUCAGAUUAUAUUGAGUGUGAUAUAAUUGAGUUUUCUGUUUAAGUUUCAUGGGCGUCUGUUUUAGGAUGGAAAUGAUGCCGUCGAGUUUUGUGUUGAGUUUUCUCUUAGGUCUAGUUACUAGCCAAACACAUCCUGAUAUUAUGCUGGCUUUGAGAACUGCGGGACAAUUUUCUACAUUUAUAAGUUUCUUGGAGAGAACCAAUAUUGUUCCGUUCAUUGCGUCCUCUCCACAUUUCACUGUAUUUGCUCCCACUGACCACGCCUUCGCAAAGUUAACCCCAGCAGCACUGCAGGCGUUGAACAACGACCAGGCCAAGAUGGCCGACCUGAUGGCGUAUCACGUGGUACUCAACCAAGCCUUCCACCUGCGAGGGAGCCAGGACGUCACCCUGACAUCGUCCAAUCAUCACCAGAUUAGAAUUAACACAUACAACAUCGUACACACAGUAACAGCCAACGGGGUGAACAUAACUAUCAGAAAUGUGCUUUGUAAUCACGGUGUUCUCCACGGACUGGACAGUGUGCUGGUCAUCCCCACAGCAAACACUCUCCAAAUUGGGAUAAACAGACCAGACUUGAGCGUGUUCACUAACCUGGUGGUCGGAGCAGGACUUCUUCCAUUCUUUACCACUGAUCACAACCAGACGUUGUUUAUACCUAACAAUGCUGCCUUCCAGAAACUAGAGCCCAGAGCCAUGCAAUAUCUGGAAAGUCACCCAGCAGACAUGAAAGAAACUUUGAAGUUCCACUUGGUCAGAGCAACAACAAUCUUCACCUUAGGCAUGCGUCAUAGUAUGACUUUACCAUCUGUGGACCUGCACCAUGACGCCUUGAUGGUCCUUGAAGGCACAGAUGGCAGUUUAGGCAUCAACCAAGCCAAACUUGUAGAGCGGGACAUCAUCGCCACAGAUGGAGUGAUCCACGUUCUAGACAGCGUCCUCAUCCCUACCAGAGUUGUGGUCAACAUCAAUGACCAAGGGAUAGUACUCGGCUAAGCAAAUGACCUUAGAUAGACCAUGACCUAGGAAGACGUAGUUAUAUUUAGACUUUACGCCAUUAAACGUUUUUUCGAAAUCUACAUAACGUAAAUAUUUUGUUUGAAAUUAUUGUAUCAUAGCAACCAUAUACAAAUACACCUAGGCGCCAGACAGAGAACUUGAAUAAACUGUAUAGUACAUUUGUAAAA